AUGGCAAAUCCAAAUAACAGUAGAAGAGGAACCUCAAACAAGAAAAGACUAUCACCUGCUCGUGAGACACUUGAACAAAGAAGAAGAGCACACAAUGAUAGUGAAAGAAGAGGUAGAGAGAAGAGAAAGGCUUUACUAGACAAGUUAUCUGAUCUAUUGGUUAGUCAAUCAGAAGAGAAAUGUUCAGUUGAACAAGUACUCCAAAGGGCUGUAGACCGUCUCGAAAAGAUUAAUUCACGUGUUCCUAUUGUUAAAAAGGCUCUCAAGGUUGAAUCUAGUACCAGUACUACUACUACUACUACUCGUACUGCAUCGUCGGUACCUAGAGUGAAACGUCAACCAGCUGCUGUUCUUACCACCAGAAGAAUCAUAACAAGAAGUCAGAAAGCAAGAAAUGUACCAAGCUCAUCUGAGGAAACUGAACCAUCUGACGAUGAGGAUGAUGAAGAGUUGGAUCAAAUGAUGUCAUCUGAGGAAGAAGAAGAGGAAGAAGAAGAAGAAGAGGAGUCAUCUGAAUCCGAGCAAGAAUCAUCUGAAGAAGAGCCUGAACCAGAGGUAAAGCCAACACCAACACCACCACCAAAGAGUAAACCUACUCCAAAGAAGCCAGCCACUCUGAAGAAACCAGCCACUCUCAAGAAACCAGUCACUCUAAAGAAACCAGCCACUCCAAAGCCAGUGGUAUCUGUCAAACAAGAGGUCGUUGCAUCUACCCCAAAGAGACUGACACCAACCCAAGUAGCUCCAACACGCUGGAUCAUGGCCAACAGACCACGUCGUAGUUGUACAUUGAAAAAGUGGAUUCCAGAACACCAAGUGUCUGAAGAGUCGGAACCUGAACAAGAACCAGUACAAGAACCAGAGAAGGAACCUGAACAAGCACCAGUACAAGAACAAGUACAAGAGCCAGUACAAGAGCCAGAACAACAACCACAACAAAUGUCCGAGUCCGAAUCCGAAGCGGAAGCUAAACCUGAAACAAGAUCGAUGCCACCAAAGAGAUCUUUCCAAAGUCGUCGUCGUUGUCGUCCUGUUACCAAAUCAGUUGAUGCCGAGGUUUCCAAUUCAUCUUCUGUUGCUAGUAGUCCUAGUACUCCUUUGGAUUCACAUGACUCUGAUCAAGAUGCUGACAAUGAAGAAGAGAGAUACGACUCUGUAGUGAACCAAUCACCACGUUUAAUCCAUCAUUCUGAUGAUGAUGAUUAUAGUGAAGAUGAUGAUGAAGAAACAUCGGUUGAAGAUAGCCAAGUAGAGUCCAUUGGUGUAUCAAUCCAACAAGAUCUUUUAAUGUAUUCACCCGGUCAUGCUUCUCAGGUAAAGAAAGAACAAGAGGAAGAGGAAAAAGAGGAGGAAGAGGAAUGUGCAGCCGAUAAAAUGGAAAUUGACAACAAUGCAAGUUAUGAUCAUGGUUGUCAUUCUGCAGCUGAAACAUUGGCAUCUGUAUAUAGUAUUUAUGUAGAUGAUAACAGCAGCAACAGUAGUAGUCCAAGCCACCGUUCAUCUGUUCCAAUCCAACAACUCUAUCAUUCACCACCCCAACAACAUCAACAUCAACAUCAACAACAACAACAACAACAACAACAACAACAACAACAACAACAACAACAACAACAACAACAACAACAACAACAACAACAACAAUACAACAAACAUGCUACAAUGGUACAACUCCCAUCAUUCCAUCAAAUGAUCAAUCCCAUUUUCUAUGAUGAUAAAAUGAAUGUAUUGUUAUCAGUUACAAUGAGAGAGAUGGGUCUUUAA